CAUUACCCGGAUGCAGAUGUGAUGCACCGUUGUCACGUCAUUGGCGCUCUGAAAAAUGGCAGAAUCGGAGGAGGAGGUGGACGUCUUGGUUCAGAGAGUUGUGAAAGACAUCAACAACGCGUUCAAGAAAAACCCCAACAUCGACGAGAUCGGGCUGAUCCCCUGCCCGGAGGCCCGGUACAACCGCAGCCCCAUCGUCCUGGUGGAGAACAGCCUCGGGGUGGAGAGCUGGUGCGUGAAGUUCCUGCUGCCCUACGUCCACAACAAGCUUCUGCUCUACCGCCAGCGCAAGCAGUGGCUGGACAGGGAGGCUCUGGUGGAUAUCACCUGCACUCUGCUCCUGUUGAACCCGGACUUCACCACCGCUUGGAACGUCAGGAAAGAGCUGGUCCAAUGCGGAGUGCUGAACCCAGAGAGGGAUUUGUAUUUGGGAAAGCUUGCCCUCACCAAGUUUCCCAAAAGCCCGGAGACGUGGAUCCACAGGCGCUGGGUCCUGCAGCAGGUCCUGCGUGAGUGCUUUCCUCAGGGCGGGGCCAGGAAGGGGCUGGGCGAGGCUGGGGGCGGGGCGGAGGCCGAGGCCACGCCCCGGGCGGAGCGCCUGCAGAGGGCGCUGCAGGAGGAGAUGAAGGUCUGCGGGGAGGCCGCCGGCCGUUACCCCAGCAACUACAACGCCUGGUCCCACCGCAUAUGGGUCCUGCAGAACAUGGCCCAGGGCAACCUGAAGGUCCUGCAUGACGAGCUGUCCUCCAUGAAGCUCUGGGUGUCCAUGCACGUGUCGGACCACAGCGGCUUCCACUACCGCCAGUUCCUGCUCAAGGCCCUGGUGGGGGAGCUGAGCCAGGCGGCGGACUGGGCGUCGCCCCGCCCCUCCGCCGACCCGCGCCGCGCCCACCAGCCCAACGGCGAGGUCGCCGCGCCCAACGGCAACGGGACCGGCAGCGGGACCGCCGCCGAGGACCGGCAGAGGGCCGACGUGCAGAAGCUGUUCGAGGAGGAGAUCGAGCUCUGCACCGACCUGAUAGAGUCGUACCCGGGACACGAGACGCUGUGGUGUCACCGACGACACGUCUUCUUCCUCUGGCACCACUGGCGGUCCGAGCUUUCCCAAACCGGCGGUUGCCGCGGCGAUGAGUCUCCCGGCCGUUCCCCCCUCCGCCCUGCGGGGGCGGGGUCAGGAGCCGGGGAGGGCGGGGCCAAGAGCGCCCAGGCGAUGGACGUGGACGGGCCGUCGUCGGGGGGCGGGGCCGGGGCCAGGGGCGUGGGCGUGGGCGUGGGCGGGGCCGGGGCCGGGGGCUACACACAGGACAGCAAGCGGCUGAAGAGGGGUCCCCUCCAGCCCGGCCCCCCGGCCCUGCACUCCGAGUACAGCUUUGUCGCCAAAACCCUGAGCGGCUGCCGCUCCCCCGAGCAGGGCCGCUUCGCCACCGCCUACAGGAAGUGGCUGGACUCCGUGAUAGGUCAGUAACGCAACAAACGCUCCACCCCUCCCCCUCCAGCUUCUCCACACAGGAAGCAGGAAACAGGAAGUGACUGGGCUCUUACCCCUGGUAGGUCAGUGACGAGUGGCGUUUUUUCCCGCCUGCAAAGUGAGCAGCUGGAUCCCUGAUAGGUCAGGUCCUUAUUGCCCCCCCACCCCCUUCCACCCCCAACCCUACAGCCAGACUCUGUGAUUGGUCAGGUCCAUAAUGCUCCUGUCCCCACCCCUCCAUUGUCAUUGGCCAGCGAUGGUCUGCCGGGGCCAAAUUCCCCUCCGCGAUGGAACUUCCCUUCCCCUCUCCUCUCGAGAAAGGCAGUUGGCCUUUUUACAAGGUACUUCAAUACCUCAGGUUUUUCUCUCUCUCUCUCUCUCUCUCGCUGUCUGUGAAGAGCAGUUUUACCCGCUUUCUCUCAGCCUAUUUUCAGUCUGUUUUUCAGUAUGCUUUUAAAUCUUUCGCUGUUCGUUUUGGGUUUUUUUUUUCUCCCUUUUCCUCCUUUUGAAGUCUUCCAUAAAACGCAGCCGCUGCGUAAUAGAUGAAUGGCGCUAACGCUAACUGGGCUGUGGGCCCCCUCGAGUGUUAACCAAUCAGCUUCGGGCAUCAUCCGAAAAGCCUUUUUGAAAAGGUGUCCUGCUUAACUCUAGAGUCUGUAGCUCUGUGUUUAUGUAAAUAAAUGUAUGUCUACAUG